AGCUAUAGACGUUUCUUCACAGAAAAAGUGUUCAACAUCCUCCUCAUAGUUAGCCUGGUCCUAUCAGAGUGCCAGUCCUCGUCCUCUCCAAUAUCCCAUCUCAGGUUCUGGCUUUGUCUCCACUGUCCUGUCCGUAACAGACAGAAUGAAGUCUCCUUGGCCUAAAGGAAAGAAACUAGUUCACCUGGAUUUGAAAGGCGCCCCCCCGAGGGUAGAAUACCUUCACAAGCUGAUCGAGCUGUUCUCUCAGCUGGGAGUGGAUGGCCUACUGGUGGAGUAUGAGGACAUGUUUCCUUAUGAGGGGGGGCUGAAGCUGCUGCAGGCCACAGCACAGCCUGCUUACAGCCGAGAGGAGGUAUUAUCGAUGCAGGAAUUUGCCAAAUCUAAGGGCAUGGAGGUCAUCCCACUUGUGCAGACGUUUGGUCACAUGGAGUUUGUGUUGAAGCAUCGGCCAAUGUGGAGCCUGAGAGAGAUGGCACACUGUGUGGGCACCCUGAAUCCCCACAAAGAGGAAGGGUUUAAGCUGGUGAUGGAGAUGCUGAGGCAGGUGGUGGAGCUGCAUCCAGGCUUACAUACACUGCACAUUGGAGCAGAUGAGGUCUACAUGCUCGGCGAGGGGGAGGAGUCCAAACUGUGGUUGGCCUCACCUGGACAUACAGUGGAGCAACUUUUCCUGAGUCAUGUAACCAAGGUGGCCCAGGCCAUCAAGGAGGCAUGGCCAGACAUGACCAUCAUAAUGUGGGAUGAUAUGAUGAGAGGCAUGAGCAAGGACACGCUGAAAGCUAGUGGCCUAGUGGGACUCGUCCAGCCCAUGUUGUGGGACUACACCCCUAAUCUGGAUGUGGACAGAACUGUGUCUCUGCUGGAAAAGUACUGCAAUGCCGGUAUGUCCGAGCUGUGGGCUGCCAGCUCCUUUAAAGGCUCCACCAGUGUUUACACCUGUGUGCCCAGCACACAGAGACAUGUGGAUAAUCAUGUGCAGUGGCUGAAGGUGGCUGCUUCUCUAUCUGCUGCUGUGAACCUGCAGGGCAUCGCCAUCACAGGCUGGCAAAGGUAUGACCACCUGUCGGUGCUGUGUGAGCUGAUGCAUGUGGCUCUUCCAUCGCUAGCAGCCUGUCUCCAGACACUCGACCAUGGGCAGUUCAGUGCUGAGGCCCAGAGCAGAGUAACUGAGAGACUGGGUAUCCCCUCAGUGGAGGUAGAGGCCAUUGGGAGGACUUCUGCAGACGACUCGCUGUUCCCAGGACGGAAGCUGGCAGAGUUAACUGUGGAGCUCAAUUCACUGCUGAACUCGGAGGACAUACGGUUUUUUGAAAACAACAUGUAUGUAAGAGGAUGGUUCAGUCCCUACCAACGACAGAGGAAAAUGGUAUCUCCUCUCAUCACCAUGCAGAUCCACAGCCAAGCAUCAUCGUAUUUGGCUACGCUACAAGAGAAGGCGGAGGCAGUGAGAGAGGAGAUGGUGCGUCUUUAUCCAGAUUCAACAUCCCAGGAGUGGAUGGAGGAAAACGUCAGCCCUGUAGUGGCUCCUUUACAGAGGAUAACAGAGGACAUCAGCACCUGCCUGAAUCAGAUGGUGCCGUAGAAAAUUUUGCCAGCUUCGAAUCCAACUGCUUUUUUUGGUCAAUUCCGAUACUGGUCUCUUAAUUAUUAUUUUUUUUGCGUGAUUUUAUAUGCAAUUUCGCGCUUACCCAAGAGAAAACUGGGUAACACUUUACUUGAAGGUAUCUACAUAAGAGUGACAUGACACUGUCAUGACACAGUCAUGACACAUGAAC